UCAAACUGAUUUCCCAGUAGAAGAAUCUCAAGAAUUUCAAUUGGUAUUAUGCGAGUCAUACAUGCGCGCAUAUCCGAUUAUUCUUUUACCAAUGACGCCGAAUAUAAUCAAGUCAAUGCCUCUUAAAUAUAACAUUGCGUCACUGAUAGAGCCUAAACCUUCGAUGGAGGUCUCAGUCAGCAGCCUUUAGCGACCCAUCAAACCUGAUGAUGCGUAAAUCGCACGCGCGGAGGGUCGACGUGUCGCAAGUGGAAAUUGGAGGCUUUCUCGCGAAGAUCGGUAUUAGUUGGUUUGCAAGGUCGGCGUGAUUGAGCCGAUAUGCUGUAUGAUACGGAUUAUUCUUCCCGCGUCAUCAGUUAAUUCAUACCGAAAUGACGACAGAAUAUACGCACGAGAUAAUGCGAUCUUCCAGCUCCAUAUUUACUUCGAUCCCAAAUAAUGUCAGAGGCAAUAAAUACAAUAAAUGCAACAGCAAGUAAUCGGAUGAUGAAUUGACAAUAGAUCUCUUUAAAAAUAACAAAUAAGAAUAAGAAUUGGCAGAACUUUUAAAUCAAAUUUAAAUCGAUGGAGUCUUUUCCGUAUGGAAAAGACGGAGUCUUUCUCGGUAGCUCUGUGAGAGUAGAACUAGAACGAACAAAGAAAUGAGGAAAAAGAAAAAUGGAAGGUCAAGAAGAUGCAAUGUAUUAUAUCUCAGAAGAAACAAGUAUUGAUAAAAGAAGAAGAAGAAGAAGAAGAAGAAAAAGAAGAUCAAGUGAUGCAGAAGAAGUGGGAGAACAUGGACUACGUGCAGGCUUUCAGAAUCAACGAUACGAAACGUUACAUUACACGCACAUACACGCGACAAUACUGUGCCAAUGUGGGGUUGACAAUUGUCAGUGACAAAAUUUCGAAGAAUCCUUGCCGAAUACGGUUGAUUGUUCUACGAAGGAAAAGGAACACGAAGGAAGGGAGGAAUAAACAAGAGCGACGAGAUCCCAGCUUGUACAUUCCUCGGAGCAUCCCACGAAGAUCGGGAUGUCAUCGGACUGAUACCGGUAUCAUGGCAGCCGAUCUCUAUGCGAAUGGCUCUUUAAAGUCAACGUCCGCCAGGGCCGUAGGUCGCAGCAUGGGACAACGCAAAUCGGGCGCCCUGGGCGCCGCGGCGCCGAUGUCGACGGAGGAAGAGCAGCUGAAGUUUCAAGACAGCAGAUUUCUGGCGACUUUGGUGCUUGGCAGAAGUAGGAGGAUCUCGCCAGACGUGCUGCCAUCGUGCUCGCCCGGCGUGUUUCGUCAGAAGUCAUUUCGCUCGUCCACAUCCACGCCGUCCGUGCCGUCGAAGGUGCCGCCGGUGGCAACGUUGCCGCCAACCACCCGAAACAGUCGAGGCGCACCUGCUUCCGCGACCAACGAUCGCUGCGCUUCUCGCGCGGCCACCCCCACUGCCUCCAUCCCAACCGUCGCCGCCGCCGCCGCAGCCGUUUCACCACGUGACGGCAGCUCGCGGACUGUCAGCACCGCUUCGCUGUCGUCGCUGUCGCUGUCGCGGGGCGCCCGAGCAGCCAGUAAGCACGCGCGCCUCGGUACGGCACUGGCCAGCAAAAUGGCGACCGCGAGCACUUCCACGGUUGUGCAAGGCUGGCCGAAUACCAAGGACGAUUACGAGCUGAAGGAGGUUAUCGGAGUUGGAGCGACAGCUGUAGUGCACGCGGCGUUUUGCAUUCCACGACAGGAAAAAUGCGCGAUCAAGCGAAUAAACUUGGAAAAAUGGAAUACAAACAUGGACGAGCUAUUGAAAGAGAUACAGGCGAUGUCUUCUUGCAAUCACGAAAACGUCGUGACGUACUACACAUCGUUUGUGGUGAAAGAGGAACUUUGGUUGGUCUUAAGAUUGCUAGAAGGUGGAUCUCUGCUGGAUAUCAUCAAGCAUAAAACCAGAACCACUAAUUGCAAGCAUGGAGUAUUCGAUGAGGCCACUAUAGCUACAGUACUUCGAGAAGUACUCAAGGGACUUGAAUAUUUCCACAGUAACGGACAGAUACACAGGGACAUAAAAGCGGGUAAUAUCCUACUAGGCGAGGAUGGCACAGUGCAGAUCGCCGAUUUUGGUGUCAGCGCGUGGCUCGCGACCGGACGUGACUUGAGUCGGCAGAAGGUUCGGCACACCUUCGUCGGUACGCCUUGUUGGAUGGCGCCCGAGGUCAUGGAGCAGGUGAGAGAGGACCAUGGCUACGAUUUUAAAGCCGAUAUAUGGUCACUUGGCAUCACGGCGAUCGAGAUGGCAAGCGGCACGGCGCCGUAUCACAAAUAUCCCCCGAUGAAGGUCUUGAUGCUGACGCUGCAAAACGAUCCGCCGACUUUGGAUACCGCUGCGGAUGACAAGGACCAAUACAAAGCAUACGGAAAAACAUUCCGAAAAAUGAUUGUCGACUGUUUACAGAAAGAUCCUACUAAGAGACCAACAGCUACUGAGUUGUUAAAACAUCCCUUUUUUAAAAAAGCCAAAGAUAAAAAAUAUCUACAGCAAACGUUAGUUGCGAUUGGACCCAGUUUAGAAACACGUGUACAAAAGGCGUCAAAAAGACAACCUGGCACGUCGGGUCGUUUGCAUCGAACGGUGACCGGAGAAUGGGUCUGGUCGGAAGAAGAAAACAACGGUGACUCGAGCAGUGAUGAGUGCAAAGAAACGUUACCGGUCAACACAAUCGAAAAGACCAGCAGCGACGAAGAAGCUGGCGAGCCUGACGAAUUUUAUGGUCAAAUUAGGGUAGCACCGAGCCAAAUGGCUUUGCCAGAAACCGGACAAAAUACGCCUAUAAACUUGGUGCUUAGAUUACGAAAUGAAAAACGGGAGCUAAAUGAUAUUAGGUUCGAUUUUACUGUUGGAGUUGACUCUGCACAAGGUAUCGCAGCGGAAUUAGUUGCUGCGGGCUUGGUUGACGGCAAGGACAUUGUAGUGAUAGAAACCAAUCUAAAAAAAUUGAUAGAGAGUGGAGGACAAUUGCGAACAGUGACAUUUUCCUUGAACACUGGUUAUGCGAUGAACGAAAUACCAGAUGACAAGGCGUUAAUAGGAUUUGCUCAGAUCUCCAUCACUGAAUAAAAAUCUCAAUUGCGUUCUGAAUUCUCGGGCUAAUGUUCUUAAUUGAUACAUUCGCCAAGAUCCAGAGAGUAUCAAAAGCUAAUGAAUCGGCUAAAUACUAUUUCUCAAGCUAUUUUAGGAUAAACUCUAGAUAGUAAAAAGAAAGUCUCGGCACAUGCAAACAUAUAAAAACAUAGGAGUUGCUUGUAAUGUCGUUACCGUUACUAUUGCUUUCUUAUAAUAACGGUUUAAUAAUAAUAAAUUGUAAAUAACAUUACAAUUACACUCAUAAUGGUAAUGAUAGCGUCAUUAGAAAAGUCACUUUUAAAAAAUAACUCGUUACUGCACACAUUACGCAUUACUUAUUAAAAAAAGUGUAUCAGUAACUCAUUACUUUACUCGUUACGUAUCGAGUAAAACAUGUUACUAAUGCGUUGCUCAUUAUGUAACAAUUAAAGUACCGAGUUAUUUUUUUCAAUGAAUAAUGAAUAACAAUAACGGAUCACUUCUAAAAACUCAAUAAAAAUGAUUGUUUCCAAGUUUGGCGUUACUCACAAGAAUAAUUGUAACGUCAUUAUCAAAUCAUUUAUUAUAAAAAAAUAACGAUAAUAAAAAUAACGGCAUUACAAGUAAUGCGUUCCUUUCCAUCUCUACAAAACGUAAAUUAAUCUGAUCAAUAAAUGUUUGUCAGCAGGGGUCUUAGCUUUUGAUAUUUUCGCUUCUUUCAGAUUCUAAUAUAUAGUUGAUUGCAAGGCGUAGAUCAGUGCUCGCAAAGAUUUGCACAUUUCGGGCUGAUUCCGGCACGCUACCUCCACUACCGCUCGAGGCUCGCCGAGCGCUCAUGUGACGCUCUGGCUCAGAAGCAUCUCUGCAACUUAAACGUGCGUACCUUAUGUUAUUAAAGAAUAUUUUUCUUGCAAAAUAAUUUUUAUUUUCUUAAAAAAAUCAAAUAUUAAAU